UAGCGGAGAAGCCGGUGGGGGAGGAGUAGUCCGAAGGGAACGUGGGUUGAACGUAACAACUAGGUGGUGUGGAGUUCGGACCGAUCCGGUACGAAGAGGGGGAGUUCCAAUUGCAGGGUUCAUUGAAAAAUCCUUAGUGAUAUUGACAUGUUUCAAGUGACAUAAAUUAGCCAAUGACUCGGAAUGAUGGAUUCUCCGAAGAUUGGAAAUGGUUUGCCAGUGAUUGGACCAGGGGCUGAUAUAGGGGUAUCUUCACUCCCCAUGGUGGGGUAUUUGGGAAAAAAUUAUAAUUCAGCUAAAGCUACCUCAGAUGGGUAUUGCCCCGCUUGUAGAGAGAAGGGAAAAGUAAAAGCCUUAAAGACUUACCGAAUUAGUUUUCAAGAAUCUAUCUCUUUGUGUGAGGAUCUGCAGUGCAUCUAUCCUUUGGGCUCUAAAUCACUUAAUUUAAUUUCUCCUGAUUUGGAAGAUUGUCACAUUCCAAAUAAGCCUCAAAAAAGAAAGAUCUUAGAAACCAGCUGUAAUGAUUCACCUUUUUUAGCAAAUUCCAAAAAGACUAGAAAUCAUCUUGUUACUGAUAGAGAACAAGUUUUGAACAGCAAAUAUGAUGAAAUCUUGUCAAACUUACCCAAUAGUAGUAGUCAACAGAAUUCAGUUAGAACUGCUCAUUCCUUGGAUCAUAAUGAGACCUUGGACGCUGAUAAUGUUGAUAUGGCUGAAGAAGAUCCUAUUACUGUUGAUGUCUCUGAAACUGGGGGAAUUUCCCCUCAGAAUGAAGGAUAUACAUCUGAACUGGAAAUGCCAUUGGAGAUCAAAUGUUUGUCAUUUCUCCAGACUCUCUGUGUCCAGUGGAAAAAUACUAAUGCUCUCUGUUGGUUAGACUGUCUCUUGUCAGCUUUGGUACACUUGGAAGAGUUAAAGAACACUGUGACUAAAUUGUGUUCUAAGGAAGAAUCUGUGUUUUGGAGGUUGUUUGAAAAAUAUGAUCAAGCAAGUAAGCUUCUGUAUAACAAUCAUUUGGAUGGAGUUAAAGAUGGAAAGUAUAAAAUUACUUCAAAAAUAUUCACAGAGAUAGAGACCUGUCUGAAUGAAGUCAGAGGCGAAAUUUUUACUGAACUGCAGCCCCAGCUUAGAUGCACAUUGGGUGAUAUGGAAAGCCCUGUGUUCGCAUUUCCCUUGCUCUUAAAAAUAGAACCCCACAUUGAAAAGCUCUUCACAUAUUCUUUUUCUUGGGACUUUGAAUGUUCACAGUGUGGGCACCGGUAUCAAAACAGGUGUAUGAAGAGUUUGGUCACCUUUACAAAUGUCAUCUCUGAGUGGCACCCACUUAAUGCUGCCCAUUUUGGCCCAUGUAAUGCUUGCAACAGUAAAUCACAAAUAAGAAAAAUGGUAUUGGAAAAAGUAUCUCCCAUAUUCAUGUUGCACUUCGUAGAAGGCUUACCACAGAAUGACAUGGAGCACUAUGCAUUUCAUUUUGAGGGCUGUCUUUAUCAAGCAACAUCCGUAAUUCAGUACCAAGCAAAGAAUCAUUUUAUAACUUGGAUUUUAGAUGCUGAUGGAAGUUGGCUAGAAUGUGAUGACUUAAAAGGUCCGUGUGCUGAAAGGCAUGAGAAAUUUGAAGUUCCUGCUUCAGAGAUACAUAUUGUUAUUUGGGAAAGAAAAUCAUCCUAUGUGACAGAUAAGGAAGCUACCCACCUUCGCCUUCCGAAGACUAAUGACAAGCACACUUUUGGUGAGAAGAAACCAGCAUCUCCAGCGUGGUGUUCUGUGGGUGAGGCUGCCUCAGCAGAAACGUCCUCAGCGACUCGCCCUACACAUGUAUCAUCAGUUGUUUCUCAUGCUGUUCCACAGGACAAAGCUAUAGCUCAUGAAGAUCGGGAUGAAAAAACUUUGAUUGACGAUAUUAUUUUACCUUUGACACUUAAAGGAACUAUCCAGAAAACUGCCCCAGAUUUCCCCAUUAACUCCAAAGUUCUCCCAUCAAAAAACAAAUCUGUGACAGAAAAUAUAGGGCUUGGCAAAGCAAAUACUUUGCCAUCUCAAGAAUCACUAACGGCUUCUUCAGCAUCUAGUCCACGUAAAGAAAAGCUUACCCAAGCCCAAUUUGUGGAUUUAAGCUUUCCAUCACAAGUUGUAAAUGUGAACACACAGUCAGUGCAGCCAAAUUCAGGAGAUACAUCAAUUACCACGUCUAUGAACAGUAUUCAUUCUACUAGUCAUGUACAGGGAAUGAAGUCAGUAGAAAUUGAGAAGGAGACUGAGUUAAAACAGUUUCUUCCACCAAAAAUUGAGAAAAUAAAACCGGAACAACUUGCUACAUCUCAGGUAUCUAAUUUGAAGAAAAACACUGUAGCAGAUUCUCAAACCGUAAUAGCCAAGUCAUCACAGAAUCAGCCUCCAAAAGAAACUCAGAAGAAACCAUUUGUGGGAAGUUGGGUUAAAGGCCUGUUAAGCAGAGGUGCUUCUUUUAUGCCACCUUGUGUUUCAGCUCAUAAUAGAAACACUGUAACUGAUUUGCAGCCAUCAGUUAAAGGGGCAAAUAAUUUUGGUGGAUUUAAAACUAAAGGUCUAAACCAAAAAGCUAACCGGUUAUCUAAGAAAGCUCGAAAGAGUGCAGAUAAGUCUCCUCCAGUCUGCAGUCCUCCACCAGGUCCUCUGCCAUCAGGUACCACAGCUGUUCAUCUGCACACUGGUGGGAACAGCACUUCAGAACUUCUGAAGAAGUGUGAAAGUGCCUCCCAGGGAGUUCACCUCAGCCAUGAUUCUCACAGAAAUGAAAAUGGUGUUUCUUCAGCAAACCAUGGAGACUCAGUUGAAGGUCAGAUUCAUAAACUUCGUCUCAAACUUCUUAAAAAGCUAAAGGCAAAAAAGAGGAAAUUAGCUGCUCUUACGUCUUCCCUUCAAAGUGAAACACUUCCAAGUGAAAAUUUAGAACCCGUGCCCCAUUGUGGGUCUCCAAAUGACUGUGAAUCAAUAGAAGACUUGUUAAAUGAACUACAGUAUCAAAUUGAUAUUGCAGAUAAUAAAUCUGGAUGUACCACUAUUCCUGUUUCCUCCUAUAGUGGUCAAACUCAUGAAGAAAUUUUAGCAGAAUUAUUGUCCCCUACAACUAUUUCAACAGAGCUCUCAGAAAAUGGGGAAACUGACUUCAGAUAUUUGGAAAUGGGAGAUAACCCCUUCCCAGUACCCAGUGAAUUAAAUGAUGUUCCCCAGAACACACAUCUGAAACAGGACCAUAAUUAUUGCAGCCCUACCAAGGGAAAUCAAUGUGAAGUUCAUCCAGACUCACUAACGAAUAAUGCCUCCCUAAGAACCUCAAACUUGGAGAGUCCCAUGAAGACUGAUAUUUUCGAUGAGUUUUUUUCCACUUCAGCAUUAAAUUCUUUAGCAAAUGACACAUUAGACUUACCUCAUUUUGAUGAAUAUCUGUUUGAGAAUUGAUGAUUGCUUGUUAACUCUUUAGUGUAAUAUUUAUUGCUCUUAGAAAUACAUAACUGUAUUUUCAGGUAGUGUUUAUACACUGACCUUGUGUUAUAACCUUGAAUAAAAUGUAAGCUGAUGAAGGUUUUACCUUUGAUUCUGCCCAUGAGUCAUAGAAUCAGUUUUACAAAUAAAAAUGAUCAGGAAAUGUG